CCGAGCCUGAUGUUCAGCUGCGUCAGCGAGUUCCGAAAAACGGGGCAAAAAAACAACUGAAUGUUAAAAAACCGUGAAUAUCAUUAAACUGUCGUCUCACUGAUGGACGACAAUAACCGCGGGUGAAUCGUCACGUAAAAAUUCAUUUCCAUCUCGCCCCGAGUAUCUGAUUUGAGCCCUUGACAAUGGAUUAACACGUGUCCAAAAUAGUAACUAAUACUGCUGAUCAACAAAAGAACUUAACAAUAUCGAGAAACAAUUGAAGAUCGUUAACAGCUAGUCAAUGAAUUCCACACUGAAGAUAUUUCGUUCUGCCAUGUGUUGAGGUCUCUCGACAUAUGUUCCCAGGCAUAACCGUCCAAGAGAAUCCUCUGGGGUCUGAUCGCCAGUUGCACUCGACGAUGGCGGAUGUGUCUCUCUACGACUCGACAAUUUGUCGAUUAUGCGCUGAGAACAAUCCCAGCGGUGAAUUGUUAUUCACUUCUGGCGACGAUGAACCGGACUUGAGUACCAUGAUCAAUCGCUACUUGCCACUCAAGAUUCGCAACGAUGGAAAGUUCCCCCGCACCAUCUGCCCGGGCUGCAACAUUCAGCUGGAGUCGACGAUCGAGUUCUUCGAGCUGCUCGUCGACGGCCAGCGAAAGAUCCGCGACCUCUACAAGCAACAGCAGGACAAGGAGAAGCGCACGUCAAAGCUAGCCGGCACCGGCCCAGCCCUGGAGCCCUACCCGGAGCCCCAGGAGGACGCCCUCUCCCAGCAGAUAAUCAUAAAGAUCCUCCCCGACGGUUCGAUGUACGCAGCGGACCACGAGAUGAGUCUCCAGAUCGAGGGCCUGGAGAAACCGAAGCGAAAGCGCGGUCGACCCCCGAAAAUCCAGGCCGAAGUCGAGGACGAGAAGAUGAUCGAGGAGCACUUGGACCCAGUCUCCCAGGAGGAGGACGAUAAGCAAGAGGGCGAGGAGGAGAUCGGUGAGGACGGUCGCAGAAGGCGAAAACGAAAAGCCCCGAUACGUUUCUCCGAAGCGGUCCAGGGGAAGGAGCUGGAGAGAAUUUUCAAGGAGGAGGGUGUCAUCGACGAGGAGGAGGAGGACCCUGGGGACAACGACUACGAGGCCCUGGACGAGAGCCUCCAGGACCCGAUGCUCUCCGAGAACGAGGAGAUAAUAGGCCACAUGGAGACCGAGGAGGGAGUCGACCUGGGCCAAAUCAUCUCCAUGAAUCGUGGGCGAGGAAGGGGUCGCCCGAGAUGGCGCAGAAGGAGGAAGUACCUCUGCGGAGACUGCGGCCAGAGUUUCGCCCAGCGAAACCAGUACCUGAAGCACAAGAGUACGCACAAGGGGGGGAAGCACGAGUGCACAAAGUGCCAGAAGCAGUUCACGAGUGAAGGGAAUUUGGCACUGCACCAGAAGAAGACUGGACACGAUGGCGAGAGGGUUGUGUGGAGCCCUAAGGAGGAGGUCCAGGAGGAGGAGGGCCCUGCAGGGCCUGAGGACGAGGGCAGGGAGGAGGGAGAGGAGACUGAGGCACCUGGGGAGGAGAGCCCCGUUCCCCAGAAGGAGGAACACCUAGACGACUCGUCGUGCCACUCGAAGGUGGAGCUCGAGGAGCCGAAGGUGUUCUCCUGCGAGGUGUGUGACCAGCAGUUCCCCUCGAAGGAGCCCUGCGAGGAGCACCUGAGGAGCCACGAGAAGUCCUUCACCUGCAGCCUCUGCAGCAAGAGCUUCUCCGACGAGUCCUCUCUGAAGACUCAUGUCUCCACUCAUGAGGGGGGUAAAUGCGAGAAGGGCUUCGCCUGCGAUCUCUGUGGCAAGGUCAUGAACCACCCCAGCUCGGUGAUCUACCACAAGGAGUCCGAGCACAAUAAUGGCCGGAGGUUCGUCUGCAACAAGUGUGGGAAGAGCUUCAAGCACAAACAGCUUCUCCAGCGUCAUCAGCUGGUCCACUCCGACGAUCGCCCCUAUGUCUGCAAAUCCUGCAACUCCAGCUUCAAGACUAAGGCCAACUUGAUCAAUCAUUACUCGACUCAUACGGGGGAGAAGAAGUACACUUGCGAUAUUUGUAAUCAGCAGUUCGCUCAUAAGACUAGUUUGACACUUCACUAUCGCUGGCACAGCGGCCACAAGCCCUACACCUGCGAUGUCUGUCAGAAGAGCUUUUCGCAGAAUGGAAAUCUCCAGGAGCACAUGAGGAUUCACACCGGGGAGAAGCCCUACGCCUGCGAGUACUGUGGGAGAAAGUUUACGACAUCUUCGCAAUUUAAAUUGCAUGUGAAGAGGCACACGGGGGAGCGCCCCUGGAAGUGCGAAUUCUGCGCCAAGAGCUUUUUGCACAAGGACACGUGGAAGUGCCAUGUCAGGAGGCACAAGGGGGAGAGGCCCUUCCAGUGCUCGGAGUGCAAUCGGGGCUUCACGGAGCAGUGGGCACUCAAGAAGCAUCUCAGGUUGCAUACGGGGGAGAAACCGUACUCCUGCGAUGUCUGUGGGAAGGCCUUCGCCGACUGCUCCAAUCUGACGAAGCACCGGAAGGUCCAUCGGGAUAAUAAUAAGGUGCUGAAGAUUGGGGGCCUCGCCAAGGGCCCUGAGGGCGAACUCUGGCAGAUUCUGCCGACCACGGAGGGAGGGGAGGAGAGCUUAGGGGAGCAUAUUACACAGGUAAUCGCUGAGGAGGGAUCUGAGGACGGUGUCUCUCAGAUUAUUUACGUGUCAUACCAGGACCCCGAUGAUCCUAAUCAGUCGAGGACCCUUCACUUUGGGAUGUUGGAGAAGGAGGAGAUGGCGGAGGGGACUGGGGCGUCCCUGCCGAGUCUCGACGUUGAGGAGGCCGAGGGGCUGAAGGAGGAGGCACAGGUGGACCUUUCCGAGCCGAAUCUCCAGCUCCAGAUCACGGACGAGGAUGGCAAUCCCAUUCCGCUCUCGAUUCAGGACGCCAGACAGUUGCUGGCAGGAGGGCAGUUCGUCAGUCAGCUGAAUGAUGGGCAGAUGAUCAAGGUUCACUCGGGUGUUGUCACUGAGGAGCUCGCCGAGCAGCUCGGGGUGCACAUUCAGAGCAUUGCGAUGGAGGGGGGUAACAGCGCGGCCAGGGGGGGUGAGGGGGGCGAGGAUAAUGAGGGAACGGUUGUUAAGGUUCUCGGGGAGGGCCAGAGUGGCGAGGGAGAGAUUGGAGAUGGCACUGGUGAUAUUGGGGAUGGGGAACAGACUAUUGAGUUCACCACGCAGGAUGGACAGAAGGUGCGGCUGGUUGCUCCUUAUCAUGUUGAUCCUCUUCAGUUGGCGUCUGAGUACCUGACGAUAGUCUAA